ACGGUCCAAUCACAUUUCUUUAUUUUAAAGAAAAACUCGACUUCAAAAUCCUGCUGAACUCGAAGCCACCGGUUGCCAGUACAAGCUUAUCUUCCCCUAUUUGUCGACAAAAUGGAAAACGAAAUGCAAUGGUCUAUGCAGAAAAAUAUUAGCAACUAUGUGAAUAUUCUGGACCGAUUGACAGAAAAGUAUAACAAAUUGAGCAAACGGGUUGGUGCAAAGGUGGUGGACUUCAAACAUGAAACAAAUGGAGACAUUGCACGGUCCAUAACAGCGACAGAGUUGGAGAUUUCCAGGAUAGAAGCAGAGAGGCCAACAAGUUGGAGGGAAUAUUCCUUCACAGAAGGCAACACGACAAAUGACUCCCAGAUUGAUUACCAGGUGAAGCAGUCCAAUGAGAGCGUUGAAAGUAAUGACUCUAUAAUUGAUGGGGUGUCUGAGAUGGACCAAACCCAGGCUUCUGGCAUUGGCCUGUUGGAUGAACCUCAGGGGAACCUGAUGGAUGUGUUGGUGCAGCCUGAAGACCAGGAUGAAGAGCUGGAGCAAACUCUGAGUAGUCCUCGUAGCACUCUGAUGGAGCUGUUCCCCCAAAUGAUCACUCAGAUGGGGAAGACCUCUCCCCGCCAGAGGUACACAAAGAUGAGACCAAUUGGCAGCAAGGCCGGGACCGGCAAGCCCUCACCCAGGGGUGAUUGCCACGACCUCUGCCAAUCUGGUGAUGAACACAACCUGAAAGCAGCAGUUAAAAGCUGCGUGGCCAUGAUCCAUUCCCCUGUGCAAAGACAUUCCAACCUGACUCAGCCGCUGCAGUUGUGGGGAGCAUCUUCUGAGAGUGAGGCAGACCGGGUGAGGAGAGAUGGCCAGUGGACGGAAUUUUCCUUGUUGAUGCAAAGCAAGGAGUCAAUGAACCAUACAUUCACUGUGUCCAAGGGUUCUCAUCCCUGUACGCCUCUCUCUGGCAAACCUCAGGGACAAAGCCAUUCCACUGCAGUGCAAUCCCCAGCUCAGACCCUGAGGUUUAACAGAAGCAAUGGCCCUUAUGUGAUGGAGAGCUCAACUGUUCCCAAGACUCUGCAGAGCUUGUUAAAUACAAGGGGGAGGAACCAUAAUGGCUAUGGUGGAUCUCCCAAGGCUUUGGCAAGACAGAACCCUGUAUCAUCUUCUAUACAUGAGCAGCACUCCCGGUCACCAAAGAGAAGGCUCUACCAUCAGGAUUGUCACAGUCCCUCCCGGAUUAGAUCGGACUCCCUACAGUCGUCCCUCCGGCCAGGUGGAAUGUAUUCCCCUGCCAAAAUAGAAGAGGCGUUCAGAAAUCUUUACCACAAAGUUGUCUGUCUGGCCAAAGCUCCUCUCUCAAAAUGCUCUCCCUGUCGUUGCUCUGCUCGAAGAUUAGAGGCCAACAUUGGGAGCUCUUCUUCCCCUGCCUCUGCACCGUCACCUCUGGCCCUUUCCCCCCACCGCUCCAACCUGCGGAAGCGUGCCAGGGAGCUCGACUAGGACAGGUCUCCCACUUUCAAACACCCCUGGGGAUGGAACUCGUCCCCUGGCGCCAUUUCAAAGAGAGAAGACUGCAUCUGUAAUAGUGCAGUCCUGAGUUGGUGUUCUACAUUAUUGCGUUGGAUUUUACGGUACUGCUCAUUCAAGUUAAAUUGUUUUCAUUGUUUAAGUAUUGUUUCCUGAAGAAAAAAUUAAAUCACUCCAUACAACUGUUACGCCACCUUGUUUUUCAUUGGUAGGCAGCUUAAAGGUGAACCUCCAUUAAGAAGUCAACUUGAAAUAGGAAACGGCUUAAGAAAAGCCUUUAAUAUAAAUUGUUAAUCUGUGCUAAAAUUAAACCCCUUACGCCUCAUGCCCACUGCAUCCGUCCGUUGACUGAUCCCAUUGACUUUGAAUGAGGACGGACGCGCAAUGCAUUGUGGAUCCGUUUGCUCCGUCAAAGUUGAACAUGUUAAACUUUUUCGGCAGCGACAGAUCCGUCAUCGAAUCAGAUCACGUAUGCAAAUUUAAGCACUGACACUACUCAGGCUCUGACGACCCCGGAAAGCUCCCCCAUCCGUCAGCCAAGCCUUCCGACGUCCUUUGACUGACUGCAGUGGGCACGAGGCGUUAGGGUAACAAAAUGUAAGAAAAUGAUACAAUCCUUAAAUGCAGCAGAAUAUUCAAUAAAAGUGCAGUUACACGAA